UGUCAGACUCAGCGCUACCUAAGUAGCUGCUAUUGCUAAGAUACUGAUGUAAGAGGCUUCGGAUUCGGACUCGAGUGUCCGCCGUCCCUCCGUCGUUUGUACUUGGUGUUCCGAACCCCGAAAAUAGGAAGUAUAUGAUAUAUAUUAUGUAUAUAUGGGAGUUGAACUUUCUUCUAUAUACAGUUUUAUAACUCCUGAAAAUGUAAGAAUAAUUUUAGGAACAGACUUGAUUUGCAUUGAGACGCUGGUUUUUCUUUGGCCAAUUAUUUGCAAAGAUAAGCGUUCUGUUCUACCAACGUUCUUGUGUAACCGCGUCAACGGAACUCCGUUUGCUUUUCUUUUUUUUUAAAGGAUUGUCAUAAAUGAUAGUUUUGUUUUCGCUAAAUCUUUAAUAACUUACUCUCUCUCCUCCCUCAUCCCCUUCGACCUCUUUAAGAUACCUACAGCGCCAUUACGAGCGCAUUCGACAACGCUGCGUCGAAUAUGAACUCUAGAGUACUCUCUGCAGCUCGUCUAUCCCGAGGUAUAACUAGUGUUGCGGUUGUCGGCACAGGAAUUGGGCUGUACUAUACUUACAUGACGAGCAUGGCUUUCGCGGAUUCCGGUGCGCCAAAGAAGGCCUUCGGCUCUGGCCCGGCGUUCUUGUCUCUUGAGCUCGAGAGCACUGAAGCUGUAAACCACAAUACUAAGCGAUUACGAUUUAAGCUACCUACACCAGAUACAGUCAGCGGCCUGACAUUAACAUCCGCGCUCUUAACAUAUUCUUGGCCAAAAGGCAGCACAUUUCCUGUCGUGCGCCCCUACACUCCGAUCAACUCGCUGGAUGAGCCGGGUGCUUUAGAACUUCUCAUCAAGAGGUACCCCGAUGGCAAGCAAAGCACAUACAUACAUUCCCUGAAGCCUGGAGACUCAUUGCGCUUUAUCACCCGGAUACCGGGAUACAACUACCAGCCAAAUAUGCACUCGGAGAUCCUUCUCAUCGCCGGAGGAGCCGGUAUCACUCCUAUCUACCAACUGAUUCGGGGCAUUCUGCAAAACCCCGAGGACCACACCAAGAUCAACUUAGUAUUUGGCGUAAACACAGAUGCAGACUUGCUCCUAAGAAAGGAGCUCGAUGAGUACGCAUCGAAUUUUCCAAGCCGCUUUAACGUCACGUAUACGAUCAGUCAUCCCGCGAAUGGCUCGCCGUUUCGACAAGGCUACGUUACUAAGGAGUUGCUGAAUGAGGUGGCGCCCCAAUCGGCUGAUUCUAAAGUGUUUGUCUGCGGACCACCGCCGAUGGAGACUGCACUUACGGGGACGUGGCAGAAAUCGGGGAUCUUGCAUGAACUCGGUUAUCGGAAGGACCAAAUACAUAAGUUUUAAGCCCCUAGACGGAUCCAAAGAUGUUAUAUCAGUAGAUAUCGGGCAUUUCCCCUCGACUAAUAUAAAUAAUUACUCUGAACCCAGUUGUUUCGGUUCAACAUAACCUUGAGUAUCUAUAUAUGGAGAUAUUAGAGAACCCUUGAUGAAUGCUAUACAUAGAAUGAAUGUCAGGAUACUUGAAUUGAAUUAA